AUGAAUCCAGCUCCCACUCUACCUUUGUCGGAUGACUGCCAUCAUUAUCAAACAAAGGCCGAAGUUCCGUGGGAUCUCCAAAAAUAUUUCUCUCAGCGCUAUUCAAUCUUCUCAUACUACGACGAUGGCAUCUGCCUCACUGAUGAUGCCUGGUUUGGUGUCACACCUGAACCGGUCGCCAUGCAGGUAGCGUACGACAUGUCAGGCCCCAAACCCUCCAAAAAGGUCCUCAUCGAUCUAUUCGCCGGCGCAGGCGGCAACACGAUCGCGUUCGCGCUGUCCGAUCGCUGGGACAAGAUCAUCUCCAUCGAGAAAGACGCCCCCACCCUCGCCUGCGCCCAGAACAACGCCACCAUAUACGAGGUGGGAGAUCGGAUCACCUGGAUCCACGCCAGCUGCUUCGACUAUCUCGACCGCCUGCAAAAUGACCCCGAGAGCCUCCACCCGGAUUUGCGCGUUGAUAUGGCCUCCGCCGUCAUCUUCGCGUCGCCUCCUUGGGGUGGACCUGGGUACCGCACCGCCGAGGUCUUCGACCUGAGUCUGAUGGAGCCUUACAACCUCCAGCAACUUCAUGAGGCAUGUCGGAAAAUGGAUCACGCACUGUACCUGCCGAGGACGAGCGACCUGAGACAGAUUGCCAGACUGGCUCCUGACGACGAGAAGAUUGAAGUAGUGCAGUAUUGUAUGAAGGGCGCUAGCAAAGCCCUAGUAGCAUACAUUCCAGGGAAAGCAGAUUGA